CAAAUCCUGCACGUGCUUCGCAUGGCGACAGACUCUUUCUCAGUAGUGAGCCGACUGUAAAAUAUAUCGCAUAACCCAGAGGCAGAAGCAAGAAAGAAGCAGCUGCCAUUAACUAUAACAUCAAGAUGGAUGUCAAAGAAGAAGCAUGUGAAACUGAAGUAAAUACUAUGGAGAUAAUGACAGUGAGUAUUAAGGGAGAGGACUGUGAAUGGGAGGCUGUCCACCCCAAACAGGAGAGUCUGUGCAUUAAGGAGGAGGAUUAUGAACAGGUAACUGUGAACAUUAACGAUGAGGCUGAGGGGACGUCUGUCAAUAAUGAGGAACAAAAAUGGAAAAUUACGAAGCACAAUGACCUCAAGGUGAAGUCUGAAUCGUUACAGUCCGACACAAAGAUGAUUGAGGACAUUUCAUCUUUUAGAACUCUGGACAGUCAGUCAUCAUCAUCAACUCGGUCUGGAAAAACUGCACAAGACAAUGGCAGCUUCUUCUCAUCUCCAUCAUCUCAGACCUCUCUUCAGUGCAGAUCACAGCAGACAACAAAUGAUGAAAGUAUAAAGAAAUUGACGUCUGGACCAGAGAGUUUGAUACCAGCCUCACUGAGCAGUGCUACUCUGCCAGUGAUGAAACUAACAACAGCAGGUGUGAUCACCAGACAGAUACAAAUACAUGAUUUAGACGCAGUUGCUGUCCACCAGGAGCAGAGGAAAAGGUCCAAUCUGAGUGAAACACAACAGAAGCUGUAUCAGUGUUCUGAAUGUGGCAAAGGAUUCCCAAAAUUGAGAAGUCUUCAGAAGCACAGAAAAAUUCAUACUGGAGAAAAGCCAUAUUGUUGUUCUGAAUGUGGCAAGCUAUUUACACAUGUGAGCAAUCUUCAUAAACAUAAAAAAAUUCACACUGGAGAGAAGCCAUAUUGUUGUUCUGAAUGUGGUAAGCGAUUCACACAAGUGAGCAGUCUUCACAGACACAGCAGAAUUCACACAGGAGAGAAACCAUAUCAUUGUUCAGAAUGUGGUAAAGGAUUUACCUGCACGCGCAGCCUUCGGGACCACAUAAGAACUCAUACUGGAGAGAAGCCAUACUGUUGUUCUGAAUGCGACAAACGAUAUCCCAGUGCUAAGAACCUUAGAGUCCACAGAAGAAUUCACACUGGAGAGAAGACAUACUGUUGUUCUGAAUGUGGCAAGCGAUUCACACAACUUAGUAGCCUUCAGAGGCAUAGAAGAAUUCACACGGGAGAGAAGCCUUAUUGCUGUUCAGAAUGUGGUAAAGGAUUUACCAGCACUAGCAGUCUUCAGGCUCACACAAGAGUUCACACUGGAGAGAAGCCGUAUUGUUGUUCUGAAUGUGGAAAACAAUUUUCACAAAAGAGUGCACUUCAGACCCACAUAAGAACUCACACUGGGGAGAAGCCAUACUGCUGUUUUGAAUGUGGCAAACAAUUCACUACAAACAGCAGCCUUCUGAAGCACAGAAGAAAUCACGCCGGAUAGGAUGAAAUGCUGCAAAAGACUUAGAAACCUCAUGGAUUGAACACAAAAAGCCUUUGACAGUAUACCUCACUCUUGGAGCCUGAAUUGUAAUAUCCACCCCGUUUUGUAACUUUGAUUUCUACCACCAUACCCCAAAGGCCAACAAACCCUGCAGCUUUUUCACGACAAUGGACAGAUCAUUAUCCAGAACAUAAAAGUAAAAGAGGACUUCUUAUCACCCCUACUGUUCUGCCAGACACUAAACCCAUUAAGCAGUCUCCUCGGUAAUCUCGACUAUAGAUUUAAUAGUCUCAGAGAGUCAGUUGCCUCCUGUUUAUGAAUGACCUGAAGCUGCAGACAGAAACUGGUGGAGCGGCUACACUUGGCGACAUCAGAAUGGCAUUCAGUCAUGACAACUGUACCAAAGCACCCUUCAUGAACCUCCUUAAUGUUACAUGUUUUCUAAAAAAAAAAAAACAUGUAAGAAGCAUUGCAUUCUUUGGCUUGAAAAAUGGCACUUUUAUUAAAUCUUAUCUUUCUACAG